AUGCCCUCUCACUCUCGUGUGUUACGAGUUCUCAUGUUUCUCACGUCAUGCAAUAGCGGGACGAGCGCACUUGAAGCAGGAAACUCCUCGAAGAUGUUGCGAAAACGCUGGGGGGCGAUGUGGAGUUGCCCGAACCCUCUCGUUCCUACCCUGGAGCUUCAAAAAGCCACUAUACAUUCACUACAUGCAGCCAGGCAAGGCUCAAGGGUUCACUUACGUCCCAGCUGUCGAACGCGAUUCGACGCUAAGUUAUUACUCUACAUAUCCAUGUUUCUGCUGCUUGGGUAUUGGUUUUGCAUCUGCGGAGCUGUGACCCUACGCGGCUCUGACCGGAGCAAGAUCCCAACUCUUUCCAGUUCUCAGCAGAGCGAAACCGAUGCUGAUCCCGGCAUUGGCCAGAACACGACAAGAUCGGAGGGGAGCGGUUACACGUACAACAGCAGCCAGCUCUCCAUUCUGAUCCCGGAGACGAGAGCUUUGGUGACAUUGCCUGUUGUGGUGUUGCAGGCGCACACGCACUUCCCCGAGCUGCGAAUACAGAUCAUGUGCGGCAGUGCCAACAAGGAUUAUGUCCGUGUGCAGAAAACUCUUGCGGCACUCCGGCAGAAAGGUGUUCUCCAUCUCACGCCCAUGCCGGGAGAAGCGUAUGAUGUCAGCCAGCUCGCUCACGACAAGGCCACCAAUGUAUACUCCAAUUUGCUCAUGUCACCAGAGUUUUGGCAGCUGAUAACCACGCCAAAAGUGUUGCUGGCGCAGACGGACUCCUGGAUUUGCAAUGGGGCACACGAGCACCUCAAAGACUUCCUUCAGUAUGAUUACGUCGGGGCUCCGUGGUUCACACUCCAAACAUCCAAAAUCCACGCCGCCUGCCCCAAGAAGCAGGUGGGCAACGGUGGCUUCAGCCUCCGCGAUCGCGAAGCGAUGCUGAGGAUCACCAAGUCGUUCCAACCGAAUGGGCUGCUUGAGGAUGUUUGGUUCUGCAGCCAUCUGCAAGACUCCGAUAAGCUGCCUUCUGAGGAAGUGGCAAUACACUUCGCCAGGGAGACAUUCGAAAAGCAAGAGACGAAUCAGAUGUCGGGCCCUACCGUGCCGCGAGUGGGUGUCCACAACCUUGGGUUGGACGCUACGGGGACCCGGAAAUUCCGAGGGCCAGUGUCCCGGCGUGAGUCUCGUGAACCCUAG